UCGCUCCACCGCCGACCAUUUUUAACGGUAUAAGCAAACACUGGCACUGAGAGAUACAGAGAAGAAGAAGAAGAUAAGCGAGCAAGAACCAUAACAACCAUGGAGCCCCAAAACGUAACGUCGAAUCUAGUUCUCAUCAUGGACUUCGGUUCUCAGUACACUCAUCUCAUCACUCGUAGAAUCCGAAAACUUUCCUUCUUCUCCCUCUGCAUCUCCGGCACUUCUCCCCUCAAAUCCAUCACCGAUCUCAACCCUCGUGUUAUAAUCCUCUCCGGUGGCCCUCACUCUGUUCACGCCGAGGGAGCGCCGUGCUUUCCUCCUGGAUUCAUCGAGUAUGUUGAGGCGAACAAUGUAUUUGUGUUAGGUAUUUGCUAUGGCUUGCAACUGAUUGUGCAGAAGCUCGGUGGAGAAGUCAGGAUUGGAGAGAAGCAGGAGUACGGGAGGAUGGAGAUUACGGUGGAGAAGACCUGCGGUAUGUUUGGUUCUAAAGCCGUUGGUGACAGGCAGAGCGUUUGGAUGAGCCAUGGCGACGAAGUUGCGAAGCUCCCAGAUGGGUUUUUGGUUGUAGCCAGGAGUCAGCAAGGUUCGGUUGCGGCGAUCGAGAAUCCAUCGAAGAGGUUUUAUGGGCUUCAGUAUCACCCGGAGGUGACACAUUCCCCAGAAGGGAUGGAAACACUGUGCCACUUCCUUUUCAAUGUAUGUAGAUUAACUGCUGAUUGGAAGAUGGAAGAUCUAAUGGAAGAAGAAAUUAAAGUGAUCAAAGGUAUGGUGGGUCCUGAAGAUCAUGUUAUCUGUGCAUUAUCUGGAGGUGUAGAUUCCACAGUUGCGGCAACUCUUCUUCAUAAGGCAAUAGGAGACAGGCUUCACUGUAUUUUCGUUGACAAUGGUUUAUUGAGGUACAAGGAGAGAGAGCGUGUGAUGGAAACCUUUGAAAGGGAUCUUCAUCUACCUGUUACUUGCGUUGAUGCAACAGAGCAAUUUCUUAGUAAGCUCAAAGGUGUUGUAGACCCUGAGGCUAAAAGGAAAAUAAUUGGAAGAGAAUUCAUCUGCAUUUUUGAUGUUUUUGCCGAAGAUUUGGAGCAUAAAUUAGGAAAGAAGCCUGUUUUCUUGGUUCAAGGGACCUUGUAUCCAGAUGUUAUUGAAUCAUGCCCACCUCCUGGAAGUGGCAGAACCCAUUCUCACACAAUCAAGAGCCACCAUAAUGUUGGGGGGCUUCCCAAGGACAUGAAACUGAAACUCAUCGAACCACUUAAGUUACUAUUCAAGGAUGAGGUUCGGGAAUUGGGGAGCAUCUUGAAUGUCCCUGAAGCAUUUCUAAAGCGGCAUCCUUUCCCUGGACCAGGCCUUGCAGUACGAGUCUUGGGUGAUGUUGCUGAAGGAAAUGCCUUAGAGAUCCUUCGUCAGGUUGACGAAAUCUUCAUUCAGUCAAUUAAAGAAGCUGGGCUCUAUGAUUCAAUAUGGCAAGCUUUUGCGGUGUUUCUGCCAAUAAGAUCAGUUGGGGUUCAAGGGGAUCAGAGGACACAUUCUCAUGUUGUUGCUCUCAGAGCGGUUACCAGCCAGGAUGGAAUGACGGCAGAUUGGUAUUAUUUUGAGCACAAGUUCCUUGAUGAUGUUGCCCGAAAGAUUUGCAACAGUGUUCGGGGUGUAAACCGAGUCGUACAAGACAUUACAGCGAAGCCACCAUCAACGAUUGAGUGGGAAUGACAUCAUGUUGGAUGCCUUGUUGGUAAUGGAGACCGUGCAAGCUUUAUGGGUUUAUGCGAAUGAGGAGGAAAGUUUAAGCCAUCAUUAAUUUGUAUGUUCAGAGGAUGCCUUCUGCUUCUGUCAAUUUAUCAAACUUCAGCUAAGAUUUCAAGAAAGGAACUGGGUCCUGCAGAACUGAAAAUGGCUACGACUUGACAUACGUGGGUGUGUGUGCUGUUUGCUUUAGAGGUAUGACUUUUUGCAUGGAUGAUAAUGUAAACUUUAUCUAUGAAUACUCAAUUUAUUCUAACAUAUUAUUCUUCUGCA